AUGUCAUUAGCAACUUUAUUUUACGAGUUAUUUCCACAAGAAUUUCGACUUCAUUUCGACUUACCAUUAUGCUCUGAGUUUGUGCCACCAGAAGUAUUGCCACAGAUGUUCGUAGGCCUCUAUAUCUCCUCUUGUCAUUCUUUGGGACAUUCUAUUAACGAACAUUUCAACAAGAAGCUAUAUAAAAGUCUGAAAACUAAUCCCAAGCUCAUAGAUUUUACAGAAUUCUCAUUAGACAAGAAAAUGGCGAGCGCAUUGUUCUUAUCUCUCGAACUUACUCAGAAUAUCAAAGCCGUAAAGGUUUCAGAGUCGAAACAUUACCAAUUAUUCCCAUCAUUGAUUAAACUUGUUAAAGCUAAUCGUGAUUUGGAAGAAAUAACUUUCGUAGAUGUAGAAAAAGUCCAAGGCUUCAAACAAUUCUUAGAAGCAAUUGUCGGUUCAUCGAUCAUAUCAUUAAACUUCCACCGAUUCGCUUUUACAGAAGAAAUGUUCGGAUAUCUUCUUUAUUCGAACCAAUCUAACAUGAUACAGAACAUUACGUUCAAUGAAUGUGGUCUUGUUGAAAACAGAAUUACGUUGUUCAUGAAACUCUUUGACAGAUUCGAACAACUCACUUCUUUGUCAAUUUCUCAUGAUUUUAAUUGUAUAACUCCUUCAUCUUUGUUUUCCAUGAAAGAUUUCAUUGUUUCUACAGAACUUACGCAUCUACAGCUCAGUAACUGUAACAUAAACUUGUGUGACUUCUUUACUAUAAUCAGUGGACAAUCCACAUCAUUACAAGACAUUGAUUUGUCAUUGAAUGUUUUCACAUGGAAAAAAGAUGUUGAAUUCGAAUUACCUGCCACAAUUGAAAAGAUUAAUUUAUCACAAGUCGGUUGGGAUGUUGAUGCUUUAUUGUAUUUGUUGACUUCCGUUGAUUUCAAGCGAUCAGCACUUGUUGAUUUAAGUAAUAUGACUGUUUUAGACAACAAAUACGAGAGAUUGUUUAAUUUGUUGGAAGCAUCAUCUCCUUCUGAAUCUCCUCCACAGAGUAUUGUAUGGAGUAAUAAUAGAUUGGAUGCGAGAUUUGCAAUGUUCUUGAGUCGUAUACAUGGAUUGAAAUUACUCGAUUUGUCAUAUCCGAAAUACGAUGAUGACAAAAUGGUUUCUAUAUUGAAUAGUUUAGUUGUUUUGUUCCAAAAUACAACGAUUUCUAAUUUCGUUUUGACUGGAUCAAAGAAGAGACCAAAUGGUCCAUUGAUAUGCGAAUUGCUGCCUGUUAUUCAGUUGAAAGAAUAUGUUCUAAGUAUCGAUGUAAGUAGUAACAACAUCGGUAACCAAGGAAUUGAAGUUUUAUCGAGAUUCAUUGAGAAUUCUCCACAACUGAAAGAAAUCAAAUUCGAUGGACAACAACCAACGCAAACACAGCCUUAUAUGAACUUGAUGAAAUCACUAAAGAAACAUCCAAAGAUACUAGAUGUUCCUCAACCUGUUUCUGACUUCCAAGCACUGGUUAACUUGUUCCCACAACAGAAGGAAUCACUAAAGAGUGCAUGGAAUGAUGUCGUCAUUCAUUUGAACUCAAAUAGAGAUGACUUGGAUGAAACAUUAGACAAUGUUGCAAUAACAAGUUUCGUGGAACCUUCUCCAAAUAUAAACGAUGUAAACUCUACUCCUGUUGAAGAAGAACUUCAAGCAAGUUGGAGUGUUACACUGAAUUUGCCAGUUACAAUUGGUGACAAAGAAUGGGAUGCAAUGUGUAAGAAAUACGACAUUGUAGCAAUGACAUCAAUCAAAGCUGAAUAA